GUUCUGUUUCCUGUUGUGCCUCCUUCAUAACGGCUGAGACCAGGGUCAGGGCUGGAAGGAUGGACUCUGUGCUGUUGCUGCUGUCGCUGUGGGCUCUGGCUGGCUCUGUGUCUCUGCAGACUGCAGGUAAGUUCAGCUCAGACCUCCUCUAUCUCUCUCUCACACACAUUGUCUAUGACACUAUGUAACUGUAUGUGAUGCCUAGACAGAGCUUGUCACACCUAGGCUGAGCUGGGCUUUGAUUUGGCCCUUGGAUAAAUUAGUAAAUCUGUUGAUUAUUUCAGAUCAUUUAAAAAUCUAGAGCUUGCAUUUGAUUUUCAAUGAGUGUACUGUAUAUUUAAUAUUUUUUCCUGUCUUUGUUUUAUUGACAUAGGUUGUUUUUUGGUUGUGUGUUAUGGUUGGGGCAUGCUGAUACACUCCUGACUCUACAAACUUAUUGGAUGCAUUUGCAGUUUGUUUUGGUUGUGUUUUGCACAAAGAUCAUGCCUACAAAACAUACUAACCUCUCAGAGGUUAGCAUUCUUUGGGGGGUAUGAUAUUUACUGUAACUUUCUCACUCAUCCUAAUUCAUGAUUUUUCACAAUCAUGGUAGCAUCCACAUUAAUGUAAAAGUGUUCAGAAACAAAUACUAUUCUUAUUUACAAUAAAAGUUACUCCAAAAUGACACAAUACAUUAUUUGGCAUUCAUUUACAGUGGGGAAAAAGUAUUUAGUCAGCCACCAAUUGUGCAAGUUCUCCCACUUAAAAAGAUGAUAGAGGCCUGUAAUUUUCAUCAUAGGUACACGUCAACUAUGACAGACAAAUUGAGGAAAAAAAAUCCAGAAAAUCACAUUGUAGGAUUUUUAAUGAAUUUAUUUGCAAAUGAUGGUGGAAAAUAAGUAUUUGGUCACCUACAAACAAGCAAGAUUUCUGGCUCUCACAGACCUGUAACUUCUUUAAGAGGCUCCUCUGUCCUCCACUCGUUACCUGUAUUAAUGGCACCUGUUUGAACUUGUUAUCAGUAUAAAAGACACCUGUCCACAACCUCAAACAGUCACACUCCAAACUCCACUAUGGCCACGACCAAAGAGCUGUCAAAGGACACCAGAAACAAAAUUGUAGACCUGCACCAGGCUGGGAAGACUGAAUCUGCAAUAGGUAAGCAGCUUGGUUUGAAGAAAUCAACUGUGGGAGCAAUUAUUAGGAAAUGGAAGACAUACAAGACCACUGAUAAUCUCCCUCGAUCUGGGGCUCCACGCAAGAUCUCACCCCGUGGGGUCAAAAUGAUCACAAGAACGGUGAGCAAAAAUCCCAGAACCACACGGGGGGACCUAGUGAAUGACCUGCAGAGAGCUGGGACCAAAGUAACAAAGCCUACCAUCAGUAACACACUACGCCGCCAGGGACUCAAAUCCUGCAGUGCCAGACGUGUCCCCCUGCUUAAGCCAGUACAUGUCCAGGCCCGUCUGAAGUUUGCUAGAGUGCAUUUCGACUGAUCCGUGUAAAGGAAAGAAUGAAUGGGGCCAUGUAUCGUGAGAUUUUGAGUGAAAACCUCCUUCCAUCAGCAAGGGCAUUGAAGAUGAAACGUGGCUGGGUCUUUCAGCAUGACAAUGAUCCCAAACACACCGCCCGGGCAACGAAGGAGUGGCUUCGUAAGAAGCAUUUCAAGGUCCUGGAGUGGCCUAGCCAGUCUCCAGAUCUCAACCCCAUAGAAAAUCUUUGGAGGGAGUUGAAAGUCCGUGUUGCCCAGCGACAGCCCCAAAACAUCACUGCUCUAGAGGAGAUCUGCAUGGAGGAAUGGGCCAAAAUACCAGCAACAGUGUGUGAAAACCUUGUGAAGACUUACAGAAAACGUUUGACCUGUGUCAUUGCCAACAAAGGGUAUAUAACAAAGUAUUGAGAAACUUUUGUUAUUGACCAAAUACUUAUUUUCCACCAUAAUUUGCAAAUAAAUUCAUAAAAAAUCCUACAAUGUGAUUUUCUGGAUUUUUUUUCUCAUUUUGUCUGUCAUAGUUGACGUGUACCUACGAUGAAAAUUACAGGCCUCUCUCAUCUUUUUAAGUGGGAGAACGUGCACAAUUGGUGGCUGACUAAAUACUUUUUUCCCCCACUGUAUGUUGGGCGUAACAUAAUCCAAAACACAACCAAAACAAACUGCAAAUGCAUUCAACAAGUUUGUAGAGUCACAAGCUUGAUGUAGUCAUUGCAUGCUAGGAAUAUGGGACGGAAUACUGAACUAAAUGUAAUACACUUUAAGUGAAUACCUUUUUUUUCUCUGCUCUGCUGAUGACUAUUUUCCCCCGCUCAUACAGAAGUAAUAAUUGUGUGUAUUAUUAUUAUUAAUUAAUUAAAAUGUUCACCCUCAGGACCUCUACUUCCCGCAGCUAUGGUAGGGGAGUGUACUGCAGGUGUAUGAGAGCCAAUGUGUGUGUAUGUGUGUGUUUGCACAGUUGUGUGUGUCCCCCUGUGUCCGCCUGUGUGUACAGUAUAUGAAUGUAUGCCGUUGAUUGGUCACACAUGUGCAGCUGUCAGCAUGAGAGAACACGAGUUGGGGGACCCCUCUAUUCCUCUCCCUCUCCCCCUCUCUCUCUGUUCCAGAUGUGAUGUAUAUUAAGGGCGUGUCUUUCUCUCUCUCUCUCUCUCUCUCUCUCUCUCUCUCUCUCUCUCUCUCUCUCUCUCUCUCUCUCUCUCUCUCUCUCUCCUCUCUCUCUCUCUCUCUCUCUCUCUCUCUGUGUGUGUGUGUGUGUGUGUGUGUGUGCUGGGCUACAGUCCAUGAUGUGUUGAGAAUAUGAAUUAAUUAUGUGUUUUAUGUUAAACACAUGGAAGGAAAAUACAGUGGAUUCCUAGGAAGAGAUGGAAUCAUAGAACUAGAUGUCCAAAUUGGAAUCAGAUUUAGGCCCCUAUUCAAUCAAACUAUAACCAGGUUUACAUUCUGCACAGCACUGUAACCUUUGCUCACCUGAGUACAUGAAUCCCUACAAAUGUGCCAGAAGAAAAUUGUCCUCUUUGAAAACCUGGGUACCAGGUUUGAUAGAAAAAAAGUCCCUAUCUGAUUCACACUUCAGUUUCCAUUUCCAUUCUGAUUUCAUGUUCCCACCUCUCCAUUUCUCUCUCCUGGCCAAUGUACUCAAUUCCAGGUCUGAUCUGGUUAAUCUAUCUACAGUGCCUUCAGAAAGUAUUCAUACCUCUUGACUUAUUCCAGGUUUCUAGAAAUGUUAGCAAAUUUAUUGAAAAUUAAAUACAGAAAUGUCUCAUUUACAUAAGUAUUCACACCCCUGAGUCAAUACGUUAGAGUUAGAAUCACCUUACAGCUGUGAGUCUUUCUGGGUAAGUCUCUAAGAGCUUUGCACACCUGGAUUGUACAAUAUUUGCACAUUAUUAUAACAAGUUGGUUGUUGAUCAUUGCUAAACAGUCAUUUUCAAGUCUUGCCAUAGAUUUUCAAGCCGAUUUAAGUCAAAACGUUAACUAGGCCACUCAGAAACAUUAGAUGUCGUCUUGGUAAGCAACUCCAGUGUAUAUUUGUCUUUGUGUUUUAGGUUAUUGUCUUGGUGAAAGGUGAAUUUGUCUCCCAGUGUCUGUUGGAAAGCAGACUGAAACAGGUUUUCCUCUAGGAUUUUGCCUGUGCUUAGCUCUAUUCUGUUUAUUUUUUAUUCAAAUAAACUCCCUAGUCCUUGAUGAUGACAAGCAUACACAUAACAUGAUGCAGCCACCACCAUGCUUGAAAAUAUGAAGAGUGGUACUCAGUGAUGUGUUGUGUUGGAUUUGCCCCAACCAUAAUGCUUUGUAUUCAGGACAAAAAGUUAAUUUCAUAAAGUUAUUUUGCAGUUUUACUUUAGUGCCUUAUUGCAAACAGGAUGUAUGUUUGGAAUAUUUGUAUUCUGUACAGGCUUCCUUCUUUACAAUGUUGUUGAUCCAUCCACAGUUUUCUCCUAUCACAGCCAUUCAACUCUGUAACUGUUUUAAAGUCACCAUUGGCCUCAUGGUGAAAUCCCUGAGCGGUUUCCUUCCUCUCUGGCAACUGAGUUAGGAAGGACGCCUGUAUCUUUGGAGUGACUGGGUGUAUUGAUACACCACCCAAAGUGUAAUGAAUAACUUCACCAUGCUCAAAGGGAUAUUCAAUGUUGGCUUUUUUUAAAACCCAUCUACCAAUAGGUGCCCUUCUUUGUGAGGCAUUGGAAAACCUCCCUGGUCUUUGUGGUUGAAUCUGUGUUUGAAAUUCACUGCUCGACUGAGGGACCUUACAGAUAAUUGUAUGUGUGGGGUACAGAGAUGGGGUAGUCAUUCAAAAAUCAUGCUAAUAAACACCAUUAUCGCACACAGAGUUAGUCCAUGCAACUUAUUAUGUGACUUGUUAAGCAAAUGUUUAUUCCUGAAGUUAUUUAGGCUUGCCGUUACCAAGGGGUUGAAUACUUGACUCAAGACAUUUCAGCUUUUCAUUUUUAAUUAAUUUGUAAAAAUGUCUAAAACAUAAUUCCACUUUGACAUUAUGGGGUAUUGUGUGUAGGCCAGUGACACAAAUUGAAUCAAUUUUAAAUUCAGGCUGUAACUCAACAAAAUGUGGAAAAAGUCAAGGGGUGUGAAAACCUUCUGAAGGCCCUAUACAUAAUAUAGGAGUAUUCAACUGGCGGUCCGCGGAGGUAAUGCAUGCGGUCUGCAAAAAAUAUAUGAUUAAUAAUAAUAAUAAUAUAUAUAUUCUCUCAAUGUUUUUAUUAAUAUUGCUAGCAACAACAGAAUAAACACAUUUUGAAUUACAUAUCAACAGUAGAAAAGAGGAGAAUAUCUUCUUUCUAAUGAUGUCAACUUUAUUUCUCAACUCCUAAUAUUGAGGGGAAAAUAUAUAUGAUUGGAGCCAAUUACGCUGGAGUAUCUGACAUAGGCUUUGAAAAAGCACCCGUGAAUAGGCUACUGGUGUGGCAAGUGCCGCUGGCUGCUGGUAAGCUUACUUGACUUGGACACCCAUUUUUGCCAACACAUGGCUAACCUUUGUUUAACCAGCUAAACAGCUGCUCUUAGCGAAAAUGUGUUUGGAGUUACUUAUAGGCUAUGUUAGAGUUUACACUUCCUCUUCCAAUUAUAAUGUGGGGAGGUCAAAAUAAUGAAACACUAUCUACCAAAUCUAUUCAUUUUAAAAUGUUGAUUACUUCUCCUUGCCGUUAUCAUUCACCUGAUGAUAAGACAAGACGUGAUUUUUUUGGGGGGGCUAACGUAUGAUGGGGGUCCCUGGGUUGCCAGUUUGCCUGGGAGGGGGUCCCUGGGCAAGAAAAGGUUGAAGACCCCUGACAUAAUAUGGUAAUAUAUGCCAUUUAGUAGACACUUUUAUCCAAAGUGACUUAAAGUAAUGCGGACAUAAAAAAGCUUUCUCAUUUGGGUGGUCCCGGGAAUCAAACCCACCACCCUUACAUUGCAAUCACCAUGCCCUACCAACUGAGCUAGAUGACCACAUCACUCCACUUCUGUCUCUCUCCUAGUCGAGGCAUCUGAGGCGUGUCCAGAGAGGCUGCUGGGUAACGAGCGGAGAAGGACGUGUCCAAAACCCUGUACACAGGACAAGGACUGUGGCAACAAGCGCCAGUGCCUGUGUGACGGCCAGUGUGGCCUCAGCUGUGUGGCUCCAGGUAAGUGUGUGUGUGUUCUGGUUUGUCAGUUGGGUCUCAGCUGCGAGGGACUCUUUUUAAAAUCAUUGCACAUGUUCAUGUGUGUUCCAAAUGAGGAAAUGAGGCACUCGACAUGGCUUUACAUCAUCACCAGUGAUGCCCCAUCUAUAAGUGCCUCCUUUUCAGUUUAGCUGUCCAAAAACGUACUAGGCCCAUUCUAAAUUGUUCUUGAUUAUCUUAUCUCUCCUCUUCAACCUUUCCACUCCUCCAUCUCUUCCUUCCCCAGGUCGUACUUGUCCCUGGCCCCUGCCCUCCGGGAACAACUUUGUUGCUUCCCUCCUCUCUCCCACUCCCUCCUUCUCUGCCCUCCUCGAGGUGCGUUGUGACCCAGGCUACAUGUUGCCCAACGGCUUGGAUGCAGCCAUCCGUCGUUGCCAAGGCGACCGACAAUGGAGCAGUGAUGAUCCCAACUGCACAGGUGGGUACAAGAACAGUGCAGAGAGGCAGAAUGUUCUGGAUGCAAUUUAGAUAACAUUACCUCUGCUCAUUGGAAGGACCCUGGAAAUAGGAAAGAGAAAGGGGGAUACCUAGUCAGUUGUACAACUGAAUGCAUUCAACCCAACUGUGUCUUCCGCAUUUAACCCAACCCCUUUGAAUCAGAGAGGUGCGGGGGGCUGCCUUAAUCAACGUCCAUGUCAUCGGCGCUCGGGGAGCAGAUGUUGUUGGGGGGUUAACUGCCUUGCUCAAUGGAGUUUACUGGCCCAACGCGCUUAACCGCUACGCUACCUGCCGCCCCCAAAGAAUGGAAUGGAAUGCACAUACUGUAGAUUGCACAGUGAAUGGAAUAGAACCCCCUUCUGUUCUAUUCAGUCUGUUUCUAUCUGUUACAUCAUGUUCUAUUCUAUUGAUAUUUUUUCCCAGAGGUAGCUUUUCACUCUGUCAGGCGUCAGUGUGUAGCGGUAGGACGGAGUCAGGCGCAGGACAUAGAGCUAGUAGACAACGUACUUUACUCGUAAAUAACAAAUGAACAUAAACUCCACGCAGGGAGGACAAUCCCGCUCACCAGUCGAUAACACCAAACAUAGAACAAACACGCACACAACACAGUGGGAGCCAGAGGGUUAAAUAGGGAACAAAUUAUAGACAUAAUGGGAACCAGGUGUGUACAAUGAAGACAAAACAAGUAGAACACAGAAACAUAGAUCGGUAGCAGCUAGUACUCCGGUGACGACGAACGCCGAAGCCUGCCCGAGCAAGGAGGAGGAGCAGCCUCGGCUGAAUCUGUGACACACUCUUAGAAAAAAGGGUUCAAAAAGGGUUCUUCAGCUGCCCCCAUAGGAGAACCCUUUUUGGUUCCAGGUAGAACCCUUUUGUGUUCCAUGUAGAACCCUCUAUGGGGCUCUCUAUUCUAAGAGUGUAUUGGUGAAUCAGGAAUGAAGGCACUGUGUGUGUGUGUGUGUGUGUUUGUGUGUGUGUGUGUGUGUGGGCGUCUGUGUGUGUGUGUGUCUGUGUGUGAGGUGUGCGUGCGGUGUGUGUGUGUUUAUGUGUGUGUGUGUACCUCAGGAAUGGGCCUCUGUGAUGGUGUUAUUUUGUUGGCAGUUUGUCUGCUUGCGUAGACUGAGACAUUGUGUAACCAGGGCCCAUUCUCUACAUUGCCUUAGCAACGGGACUAUCAGCUGUUGAUACUAGGACUGCAGUCCAGAAAGAGGCAGGGCUUGAUUAGUUCACAGUGUGUCCGUGCCAGAUAGGGUGAAAGAGCAUGUUCUAGUGUUCAUCUCCUCCUGGUUGUGUUCUUUUAACCUUUAUUUAACCUUUGUGUGUUUCAGCGUGUGAGUCAAGUGUGUCUUUUAGGAGUGUGAAGGUCUGCAUGAAUUUGUGUCCUCUGUGCACUAUUGUGUGAGUGUGUGGGUGUGUACUUAUAGUGUUAUAUGUGUGCGUUUGUAUGUGUGUGUAUGUGUCCGUGUCCCAGUCUCACAGAGCUCCUUCACACAGACUGGCACUAGGUUGGCUGGGUGUCUUCCUGUGUGUAUUCGCUACAUUUGUCUAUGAGUUUAUUUGAGCUGUGCUCCUUCGUGCUUAUUGCAAGGCAGUGGGCGGUAGAUCACUGUCAGAGUGUCAAAUAGCUGUGUGUAUGUGUGUGUGUUUAAGAGAGAGAGAGAGAGAGAGAGAGAGAGAGAGGAGAGCGAGAGAGAAGAGAGAGAGAGAAGAGAGAAGAGCAGAGAGAUCCCCUUUUUCUCUCUCUCUCUCUUCUCUCUAUCUUUUCUCUCUUUUCUCUCGUCUCUCUCUCAGCUCUCUUUUUUGCUUCUCUCGUCUCUCUCCCUCCCUCUCCUCUCUCUUUUUUCUCGCUCUCCUCUUCUCCCUCCCUUACUCCCUCUCUCCUUAUUUCCUUCUUCUCUCCCUUCCUCUCUUUUCUUUCUCCCUUUCCUUUUUUGGGGGUGGAUCACAGAUAGAGUUUCAAAGAGCUGUUUGUGUGUGUGUGUGUGAUGGUGUGUUUUGUGUGUGUGUGAUGUGUGUGGGCGACGGAUCACAGUCAGAGAGCUCUCUUGCUCAUGCAGCUCUGGGCCAUGCUGUUCCCUCUUCUCCUCUCCUCUCUCAUCCUCUCUUCCUCUCAUCCUCUUCUCCUCUCAUCCUUUUCCAUCUGAGAGGCCCCUGAUAAGGUCUCUCCCCUCAGAGAGAGCCAAGGACAAGCAAACAGCUCUGGGCUAUUUACUGUGUUUGUUUGGUGAAGCAGAACUGGGCUGUAGAGAGAAGUGUGCAGUGUAUGUGUGUGUGUGUGUGUGUGUGUGUGUGUGUGUGUGUGUGUGUGUGUGUGUGUGUGUGUGUGUGUGUGUGUGUGUGGUGGACUUGAUUGGGAAAGAGGUGCACAGCUUUGGCUACCUGGUCAUCUAGGGACAUCUCUCUGCUUUCACUACCACUCCUUUAAGACAGAUGUACCUGUCAGGCAGCAGUAGUUUCACACUGGGCCCUGGCUGUGUGUAAGGCAGGCAGGCAAGCAGGCAGGCAGGCAGUAGGCAGGCAGGCAGGCAGGUAGGCAGGCAGGUAGGCAGGUAGGUAGGCAGGCAGGCAGGCAGGCAGGAGGCAGGCAGGCAGGCAGGCAGGCAGGCAGGCAGGCAGGUAGGCAGGCAGGCAGGGAGGAAGGGAGGCUGGAGAGCACAGAGAAGAGGGCCACAGUUAGAACACUGAACCAACCCAGCUCCAGGCACACACACACACUCCCCAUACAGCCACACACUCAACUCACUCACCCCGCUCAUACUUAGUUACACACAGGAUUUAUAUAGCUACGUCUAGGAUUAGAUAUGUUUCAAAAACACUCAGUAAACGGACCCCUUUUGAUGUUGCUCAUGUGUGUCUAAGGGAGAGUUUUACACAGAAGAGAGCCUCUCUCUACCUGCUGUAGUUAGUCUGCAUUUCAAACUACCCAUCCAACAUCCCUCCCUAUAAAUCUGAGGUCACUUCAACACCUCUACAAAGAGCCUCUCUUGAUAUUUAUAUUUCCAUGAACGAGAGGCACUCAUACUUCCAGGAAUGAGCAAUCCAUGCGGUUAUACAACUAAUGCUGCAUCUCUCUCUUUCUCUCUUUCUCAGUUUCUCUCUCUCUCUGUCUCUCUCUCUCUCACUCUCUCUCUCUCUCUCUCUCUCUCUCUCUCUCUCUCUCCCGCCUCGAUCCUCCUCCCGUCUCUCCUCUCUCUCUCUCUCUCUCUCUCUCUCUCUCUCUCUCUCUCUGCAGCAGUAUGCAUGCUUAUCAGCUAGUUACAAUCAUCUAUUUUCAGAUUCCUUUUUUCCACGGAGGAUAUUCAUUUUCCUGACUCAUAGCUACGACUACCUGCAACACCUAUAACCUACAGAGGUUAUUGUUAUAUGAGUGACCUGGCCAGUUAAAGGGACAUGUGAGGUGUUGACCGCUAUGUAUCCUGAAGAGGAGUCCCCCCCCCAUUCCACUAAUCCCUGUUUACUGUGUUUCCUUCUCUCAAUCCCAUAAUUCACAUUAGCUACACACUGCUCUGUGUGUGUGUGUGUGUGUGUGUGUGUGUGUGUGUGUGUGUGUGUGUGUGUGUGUGUGUGUGUGUGUGUGUGUGUGUGUGUGUGUGUGUGUGUGUGGCUGUGUGUCUGUGUGUGUAUUUGUGUGUUGUUGUGUUGUGUUCCUGUUUUUUCUAUUAAUUCUGUUAUGCACAUUAGUUACAUGCUGAUAUGUGCGUGUGUGUGUGUCUUUCAACAAUGUGUGUGUUUCUGUAUGUGUGUAGGCUAUGAAUCGCAUUAUAGGCACCAGCAGUGAAUGACAUACAGUGCCUUCAGAAAGUAUUCACACCCCUUGACUUUUUCCACAUUUUGUUGUUACAAAGUGGGAUUAAAAUUGAUUUAAUUGUCAUUUUUUGUCAACGAUCUACUUAAAAUACUCUGUAAUGUCGAAGUGCUUUGCAAAUCUGGGUAAAUCUCUAAGAGCUUUGCAAACCUGGAUUGUACAGUAUUUACCCAUUAUUUUUAAAAUUCUUCAAGCUCUGUCGACUUCGUUGUUGAUCAUUGCUAGACAGUCAUUUUCAAGUCUUGCCAUAGAUUUUUAAGCCGAUUUCAGUCAAAACUGUAACUAGGCCACUUAGGAACAUUCAAUGUCGUCUUGGUAAGCAACUCCAGUGUAUAAUUGGACUUGCGUUUUAGGUUAUUGUCCAGUUGAAAGGUGGAUUUGUCUCCCAGUGUCUGUUGAAAAGCAGAUUGAACCAGGUUUUCCUCUCGGACUUUGCCUGUGCUUAGCUCUAUUCAUUUUCUUUUUAUUCUAAAAAACUCCCUAGUCCUUGAUGAUGACAAGCAUACCCAUAACAUGAUGCAGCCACCACCAUGCUUGAAAAUAUGAAGAGGGGUACUCAGUGAUGUGUUGUGUUGGAUUUGCCCCAAACAUAAUGCUUUGUAUUCAUAACAAAAUUGUAAUUUCUUUGCCACAUUUAUUGCAGUGUUACUUUAGUGCCUUAUUGCAAACAGGAUGCAUGUUUUUGGAAUAUUUUGAUUCUGUACAGGCUUUCUUAUUUUCCCUCUGUCAUUUAGGUUAGUAUUGUGGAGUAACUACAAUGUUGUUGAGCCAUCCUCAGUUUCCUCCUAUUACAACCAUUUAACUCUGUAACUGUUUUAAAGUCACCAUUGGCCUCAUGGUGAAAUCCCUGAGCGGUUUCCUUCCUCUCCGGCAACUGAGUUAGGAUGGACUGCUGUAUCUUUGUAGCUACUGGGUGUAUUGAUACACCAUCCAAAGUGUAAUUCAUAACUUCACCAUGCUCAAAGGAAUAUUAAAUGUCUGCUUUUUUCAUUUUUACCCAUCUACCAAUAGGUACCCUUCUUUGUGAGGCAUUGGAAAACCUCCUUGGUCUUUGUGGUUGAAUCUGUUUUUGAAAUUCACUGCUCGACUGAGGGACCUUACAGAUAAUUGUAUGUAUGGGGUACAGAGAUGAGGUAGUCAUUCAAAAAUCAUGUUAAUAAACACCAUUAUUGCACACAGAGUGAGUCCAUGCAACUUAUUAUGUGACUUGUUAAGCAAAUGUUUACUCCUGAAGUUAUUUAGGCUUGCCAUAACAAAGGGGUUGAGUACUUAUUGACUUAAGACCUUUAAGCUUAGAUUUUUUAAAAUUAAUUAGCAAACAUUUCUAAAAACAUAUUCCACUUUGACAUUAUGGGGUAUUGUGUGUAGAUCAGUGACACAAAAUCUAAAUCUAAUCAAUUUUAAAUUUUAAAUUGAAACAUAACAGGUCAAGGGGUGUGAAUACUUUCUGAAGGCACUGCAAAACAUCAUCAGCACCGUGUGUGUGUGUGUAUGUGUGUGUGUGUGUGUCUGAGUGGGUGUGUGUGUCUGAGUGUGUGUGUGUGUGUAAACCUAUUGACUCAAUUGAACAGAAUGUACAAAUGUGUUUUGUUACAGAUGUUUUGUCCUUAAUCAUGUGAAAAUGCUGUUCUCCCUUUUCCUCCCCCUCUCUCUGAUCCUCUCUCAUUUCUUCUUAACCUCUUUUCCCCUCUCUUCCACCCUUCUCUUCCCCCCUCCCUCCCUCAUGUGCUUCUACAUCUGCCCCCUCUGUAGCCCCCACUUCCCCCCAGGUCUCAUGUCCUUUACCUGAGGAGGUGACCGACACCUUCAGCAUCCAUGGAUCCUGCAGUCGCUGGAACAACCAUUCGCUACACUGUUCUGUCUGGGGGAGAUAUGUAUGGAUAGUAGUGAGGGAUGGGAGGGAGGAGGGAGGAGAGAAUGUAGGGAAUUAGAACACGAGCGGUUGGACGAGUCACAGGUGGGAGAGCGAGAGACCGGAUUAUAGUUUGAGACAGAAAGAUUAUCAUCUCAUAUACCCAUAUAUCUAUCUCGACUCUCUAUCUCUUCCUAAUCUCUCGAAUAUCUCUCUCUCUCUCUCUCUACUCUACUCUGAUCCUCUCUCGUCGUCUUUCUCGCUCUCUCUUCUCUUUCUUUGCCCCCAUCCUCAUUUCCUUUUUCUACUUUUAUUCCUCCCCCCGUAGAGAGAUAGAAUUGGUGGUUAAUGCGAGGAACUGUAUCAUUAUGUACGAAGACUUGAGACUGAGGCUUUCUAAUUAUUACUGUUGUUAACUAGGCCAUUAAUGCACUUUUUACUGACUCACAUCUAAUAAUGUAUCACAUCCGAAUGCGUAUGUCAGUUGGAAUCAUGUAUCGUAUUCAAAACACACACCUUCUGAGACAGAGCCAACAGAGAGGUGAACCACUUAGUUUAUUACCAGUCAAUUAGUCAUAUAACCACCCUCUCUCCCUCUCACUCUGUAUCUCUCUUUCCUUCCCUCCUCUCCUUUCUCUCUCUCCCUACUCUUUCCUCCCUUGCUGCUCCUGUCUCUCUCUCUCUCUCCCUCUCUCUUCCUCCCUCUAUCUCUGUCUCUCUUGCUCAUCCCCCCCCCCCCCCUCUCCAGGGAGCUGGUGGAAACAGUGAGAAUCUCUGUAAUAUUGACCAGACCUGGCAGUACCCUCACCCCAUCUGUCAAAGUAAGUGUGUGUGUUUUAUAGUGUAUAGUGUUUGAUAGAGAGAGCGUGAGCAGGCAAGCAGAGGGAGAGCAUCAGAGCCAUGGAAAAUGAUGGUUGGCGUGUGGGUGGAUGGAUUGGGACUUUUGAGUGUGAGUGUGUGUAUGUGUGUUUGUGUGUGUGUAUUUUGCGGAGGAGGUUAUUGUACUCUGCACUUCUAAAUCGUUCUACUUUGUGUGUGUGUGUGUGUCUUUUUUAUGUGUGUGAGUGAGAGACUGUAAGGUCAGUUGUUAUGUUUCAUAGUACUUUACUGCCACCUUCUGGCCUAAACAGAGAAUAACAUCUCUUGCAAAUUCAUUCAGCAAUGUUCUUCAAACCUGGUCUGGUAAAUGUGCAUAUACAGUGAUCUUCUCUCUCCUGUUCCAGGGGUGUGGUGCCCGCCCCCCCAGGAGGUGAACCAGGGGUACCUGGUGGCGGUACAGAGGACUGAGUACGAUGUGGGCGAUGCCAUUUAUUACCUCUGUAAGAAGAACCACCUGCUGGAUGGACCCAACCCUGGUCACCGUCCUUGCCAACGUCAACCUGGCAGCUUCAGUGGCCUACUUCAGAGUGUAACCACCUUCUAACACCCCCGUUGCCCCCUCUUUAUUUUUUUUUAUUUCAUUUUUUUGUGUAUCUUCUCAUGCUCUGCUCUUUCUCUCUCUCUCUCUCUCUCUGUCUUCUCUCUCUCUCUCUCUCAUCUCUCUCUCUCCCUCUCUUAUUUCCUCUUUUCUUCUCUUCCUCCCUCUUUUUUUUCCCCCCCCUUUUCUUCUCCCUCCUCCUUCCCGGGUGUUUCCCUUUCUAUUGCUCUUUCUUUGAAACUUUCUGAGUGUAACUGUUUAACUGUAUAAUAAUAUUUUAUGGUUUCGUUCACUUUUUGUUUUACUAUCUACUUCACUUAUGCUUUGUUCAUGUUUAACACACCAAGCAACACGUUUCCCAUGCCAAUAAAGCCCCUAAAUUUAAUUUAUUGGAAUUGAAUUUGAAUAUUUAGAGAGAAUAGAGAGUAGAUAUAUCUAUAUAUACGAUAUAUAUAUAUUCCUUUAUCUACUGUGGGAUUUUCCGUUAAGUGUCUAUUACUCGGUCUCCGUGACUUUGGCAUUUCGUUCGGUCCUACUCGUGCGGGAGAGAGAGCCUGGGUCGGGGAGAGAGAGAGAGGAUCUCUCGCUCGCUCCUCAGAGAGAGAUGCUCUCCCUGAGCGAGCGAAGAGAGGAUGAGAGGGAGGUAGAGAUGGCGGAGGUGCGAGAUCGGAGAGAGAGAGAGAGAGAGAGGAGAGGGAGGGAAGGCGAGGUUCUCAGCUCGGCGCGCGCGCUCUUGCUUCUCUCUUGCUUCGAUGGAAUGAAUAUUGACCUUUCUUCUUCUUUAUUUGUUCUUCAUCCUGUACUUCCUGUUCUUAGCGCGCUGUCCAAUCCCAGCGGAGCGGAGCCGUGUUCUGAUUGGUGGGCUGAAGCGUUGGCCCUAUGACGUGACAGACUCGGUGGUUCCUCACGGGGAGAGGGUGACGUUCUACUGUAAACACUCAAGGAAGCAGUGCAGCUUCCCAUACACACAGACCUGCUUCGACGGCAGGCUCAACCCCCCCUUCUGCUACCUGGGUGAGUUGGGACCCCAGAACUGGUGCCCUGUCUACCAUUAUCUAUGGUAAACCCUUGGUGCCUUCCUCGUCUUUCUAUGUGACUGUUCAGUGGGCAGGAGACCUCAGGGUUCAGUCAGAGACAGUAUGUUUGUAUUGUCUUCAUUUGAUGUAACAUGUCUGGCACCUCCCUCCUUCUGUGUCCCAGAACCCACCUGGCUGCAGUACAAACUGUUCCCUCAUCGGCUGGUGUCGGAGAUCGAAGCCUGCUCCCCUGCAGACCUGGAGUAAUACCCCAACAGCCCUAUCCCUAUCUCCUGUCCCCCUCUCUCUCAGCCUGUACCAAUGAUAGGCUCUACAUGUCUUAAUAAUAUGUGUGUUCAUGAUAAUACAUGCAUUAAUACAGAAGUAAAACAUAGUCAUAAUAAUCAUUCAUAUAGUUCAAAUGCACAGGAGGUUGGUGGCACCUUA